AUGGGUCAAGGUCUUAGUUGCAGAGGGAGUCAUGAACAUGGACUCUUUCGCGCUGUCCAACAUGGUCAUCUUCAAACUGUUGUUGCUUUGUUGCAGACACAUCCUUCUCUUAUUCAUCGUACUACUGUUUAUGACCACCAUUCCCCUCUUCAUAUUGCUGCUGCUAAUGGUCAGAUCCAGGUUUUAUCUAGGCUUUUGGAUGGAUCUGCAAAUCCAGAUGUGUUAAAUCGACAAAAGCAGACCCCGCUUAUGUUGGCAGCGAUGCAUGGAAAAAUUGAUUGUGUGGAAAAGCUACUUGAAGCUGGUGCUAAUGUUUUAAUGUUUGAUGUGUGUCAUGGAAGAACCUGUUUGCACUAUGCUGCUUACUAUGGUCAUUCUUCUUGUCUUAAAGCAAUACUUUCUGCUGCUCAAACUAGUCCUGUCGCUGCUUCUUGGGGGUUUUCGCGGUUUGUGAAUAUUAGAGACGGUAGGGGUGCUACACCGUUGCAUUUAGCGGCUCGUCAAAGACGGUCUGAAUGUGUGCAUACUUUGUUGUGUAGUGGAGCUCUUGUUUCUGCUUCAACUAGCAGAUAUGGAUGUCCCGGGAGCACUCCUCUUCAUCUAGCAGCAAAAGGAGGAUCUUUGGAUUGCAUCCGCGAACUAUUAGCAUGGGGUGCAGAUCGUCUUCAACGCGAUGCAUCUGGGCGUAUACCGUAUGUGGUUGCUUUGAAGCACAAACACGGAGCAUGUGCAGCAUUGCUAAAUCUUUCAUCUGCACAGCCUCUUGUCUGGCCGUCGGCAUUGAAAAUUAUCAGCGAGCUUAAUCCGGAGGCUAAAACUUUAUUAGAGCAGGCCUUGAUGGACGCAAACAGAGAAAGGGAAAAAAACAUAUUGAAAGGAAGUCCUUACUCUCUUCCGUCUCCAUCACACCCUGAUCAGAUUGACGACAACAUCUCCGAGGUUAGCGAGACGGAACAAUGUUGCAUCUGCUUUGAGCAAGUGUGUACAAUUGAAGUCCAAGACUGUGGCCACCAAAUGUGUGCACAAUGCACACUAACCCUCUGUUGUCACAACAAGCCGAAUACAUCGGCUUCUCAACCAACCCCACCCGUUUGUCCAUUCUGUCGAAGUGCCAUAUCCAAACUCACAGUUAUCAAGAUAGAAACUCACGAAGACAUCGAUCAAGACGGUACACCUGAUACCACUUAUUUCAAGCCAAGCAAGUCACGAAAAUAUCGAAACAUGAACGAAGGCUGCAGCAGCAGUUUCAAGGGAAUGUCCAAUGUAAACUCUUACGGAAAAAUGAACGGCCGUAGUUCCGGUAUGAUUGCUUCCGAAAACGAGUGGGUUGAUGAUAAGCCACAAUGA